AUGAUAUCCAAUUAUUUCAAGAGACUGAAGAAAAGUCCAGCAAAAAAUGUUGAUGGAGACUCUACUGAUAUUGAGGUUAAUCAAACCCCAUUAGAAGAAGAAACCCCACAACAGCAACAACAACACCAAGAAAAAGAAGCUCAACGUUCAAUCGGGGUGUUCAAUUUAGAUGAGCUUGAAACUGACCCAGGAUUGAGGAUACCAAUUAAUGAGCUUUGUUGUACUGACAAACAAAAAGAGGAAGUUCGAAGAGCAUACUUGUUGAAAGGUCCUUGCCAACCUAAAGAUCAUAACUUUCCUUUCACUCCUUUUGGAGAUAAAAAACGUAGGUUUACAUCAGAGUGGUACAAAGAAGGUUCAUGUUGGAUGGAAUAUAGUGUGGCAAAAGAUGCAAUCUUCUGUUUGAAUUGUUAUCUUUUCAAACCCGAUUAUGGUGACCAAGCAGGUGGUGAAGUUUUUGUGAAUAAGGGAUAUAAUAACUGGAAAGAUAAAGCAAAAGUGAAAAAACAUGUUGGUGAUCAUUCUAGUACUCAUAACCAAUGUCAUGCCAAGUGUGUUGAUUUGAUGAACCAAAGGCAACACAUCGAUGUAAAUCUUGGUUGCGUGUCGAAAAAGGGCAAAUUGGAUUAUCGUAUUCGCUUGAAUGCAUCAAUUGAUUGCAUUAGAUUUCUUUUACAUCAAGGAUUAGCAUUUCGUGGUCAUGACGAGUCAGUUGAAUCUGAAAAUCAAGGUAACUUUAUGGAACUAUUGAAGUUUCUAUCCAAUCACAAUGACGACAUAAAGAAAGUUGUGCUGGGAAAUGCUCCGAAAAACCAUCAAAUGACGGCCCCCAAAAUCCAGAGGCAACUAACUAGUGUUUGUGCUCAUUUGACGACCAAGAAAAUUAUUGCAGAAAUUGUGAGAGAUAAACAACCAUUUUCUUUACUGGUUGAUGAAUCUCGUGAUGUGGCAGUGAAAGAACAAAUGGCUAUUGUUUUUCGCUAUGUGGACAAAAUGGGUUGUGUUAUCGAACGUUUUAUUGGGAUUGUGCAUGUUAAGAAUACUUCUGCAAAGUCUUUGAAAACUGCAAUAGAUGCCUUUUUUGUAAAGUAUGGAUUGAGUUUGACAAGUUUACGGGGCCAAGGUUACGAUGGAGCAAGCAAUAUGAGGGGUGAGUUCAAUGGUUUGAAGACUUUAAUAUUGAGAGAAAAUAAAUUUGCUUUCUACAUUCAUUGUUUCUCUCAUCAGCUCCAAUUGGCGCUAGUCAAAGUUGUAAGUAAACAUUCAGCAUUGGGUGAAUUUUUUCAAACUCUUUCUAUGUUAUCAAACACUGUGGCAGCAUCUUGCAAGCGCAGAGAUCUUCUACGUGACAAUCAGUAUGAAUAUGUGAUAUCUUUGAUUUCUAAUGGUGAUAUUCAGACGGGACGCGGUUUGAAUCAAGAAUGUACUAUUAAACGACCAGGAGAUACACGUUGGGGUUCACACAUAGGGACAAUUCAUAGUGUCAUAAACUUAUUUUCUUCUGUUGUUGGUGUGCUCAGAGUGAUUGAGAUUGAAGGAGAUGAUUGGCAAAACAAAAGUCAAGCAAGGAGUUUAUUACGAAUCAUGGAGAAUUUUGAAUUCGUCUUUUUGUUAUUCUUGAUGAAGAAAGUAUUGGGAAUCACAUAUGAACUGUCACAAGCAUUACAAAGAAAAGAUCAAGAUCUCCUUAAUGCCAUGCAGUUUGUACAAAUUUCGAAGCGUCGGUUGCAUAAAUUGAGAAAUGAAGACACUUGCUUCGACAUAUUGUUGAAAGAAGCUUAUGAUCUGUGUAAAGAUAAUGACAUACCAAUCCCGGAGAACAUGGAAGAUAAUUUUGGGAGGACAAAACGAGGGAUUGCGCCAAUUACGAAUAAACAUCAUUUUAAGGUGGAAUUGAUGUACACAGUUUUAGAUAACAUUCAAGAAGAACUCAAUAAUCGUUUUGAUGAAGUAAACAUGGGGUUGCUUCAGUGUAUGGCAUCUCUUGAUCCAAGUAACUCUUUUGCUGCAUUUAAUAAAGACAGAUUACUUGAGUUUGCAAAGUUCUAUCCUGCCGAUUUUCCUCAACACGAUAUUUGGUUGCUCGAUAAUCAACUUGAAAAUUAUUAUGAGGAUGUUAGCACCAAUGCCAAUUUCACUCAUGUUGAUGGGAUUGCCGAUCUUGCAAAAAAAAUGGUUGAGUUUAAGAAGGAUGUUGCUUAUGACAAAGUUUUCUUGCUUAUUAAAUUAGCACUGGUUUUGCCUGUGGCUACUGCAACAGUUGAAAGGGUGUUCUCUGCAAUGAAUCUUGUUAAGAAUACUUUGCGUAAUCGAAUGGGAGACGAGUGGAUGAACAAUUGCUUAGUAGUUUACAUUGAAAAGGAAGUUUUUGCUACAAUUCAAAAUGAAGAUAUCAUUGAACAUUUUCAGAACAUAAUGAAGCGAAAAAUCGUGUUAAAUUGA